UGAAAUGGCGACUUGCACAGGUUAUGGACUGACAUUAAGUGUUCUGCGAGCGGUGUGUGUGGGGGGUGUUUAUACCGGCAUUGGUGUGCGAGUAAGAGGUUGUCCCAAGCUGUUUAUUGGUUUCAGAUCACUGAUGAUUGCAGUACAUCGACUGCAAUCAUUGGAACUUUGUAAAGUGUUGUCGCCUGUUGUGAUUCAAGUACGAAACAUAAGUCAGAGGAAGACAAGAUACAAGGCUCCACAUGUUGCCAAAGAUACAUCAAAAUGGACAAAAGCAUUGAAACAGAAAGAAGUGGUUGUCAAAGACCCUCGUCGAACAAAUUCGCCUGUAUGGCUUUCCCGUGUUCCAGUCGAUGAUGUGUGGAUACGUUCAUAUUAUCCUCAAAUUAAAUUAUCCAUUGAAGAGAGUAUCAUCCGCCACAAAGAAUAUGCAGACCCCACCAUGCUUGAUAAUUUAGAAGGCUUUAUCUAUGCUGACAUGGAACUUGACAUGAAGACAACAAAAAAGACUAAAUUCUUGAGCAAUAUCAAGGGAACAGUUUUACUUCCUCAUCAGUUUGAACAAACGCUGAACCAGAAAAUUGCUAUUUUCUGCAAGAAAGCAGAAGACUUAGAAAUGGCAAAGAAGUUGGGAGCAAAUUUCUUUGGAUGUGAAGAUUUAGUGAAACAGAUUUCUACUGGGAUGAUAAGCAAAGAGGAUAUAGAUGUAGCCCUUUGCACUCCAGAUGCACUGACUGACCUCAUCUCAAUCAGAUCCAUACUUCGAGACAAAUUCCCAGUGAAGGGCAAAGGUAACCUCAGUUCUAACAUUGAGGAGAUGUGGAAUCUGUACACUAAAGGAGUAACUUAUAUUUCCACAAAGGAGUCAGAAGCAGUUGGCAAGCUACAGGUGCCCCUAGGACAGUUAAAGAUGCCUGUGGAGCAGCUGAAGGAAAAUUUCCUAGCAUAUGUGGAUAGCAUUUGUGAAGGGAGGUCAAAAGCUCUUGGUCCAUUUAUUACAAAGGUUUUUAUUGUGGCACCCCCCUCUACAGAAAAGUUUUUGCUGAAGGUCGAAGACUAUGUGCCAGGACACACAAAAGCAGCUGCAGAGCAGGCAGCAGAAGAGGAAAGUUCAGACAGUGAUGACGAAGAAACAGCUGCAAGAAAAAAGAGAAAGUGAUUCUGUUGUGUUCACUCUAUGAAGGAAUGUGCAUUCACCUAUAUGCAUUUAUGGAAGAGAUCAUGCAUGAACUAUGCAUCAGAUGGCAGUACAGUGUGCUUGAGAUGAUAAAAAGAUGAGACAUUUGAAAUGGAUUUCUGUUACAUGAUAUAAAAUAUGCUUCACAAACAGG